AUGGGUUCAAUCAUUGUGUUUCUGUCGUCACAACUGACCUCACUGACGACUGUAAUCGGACGCCUGUCGCAAUUGUGUUUUAUAACACACCUCUCUAGUGACAUGGACGUCGCUUCUGGACGCGGAUACAUCACGAGCUCCGCAUUCCUGUAACUCUUACGAAAGUCAUCACCUUCAAUACUCGUUUGCUGCCUCACUACUAGGCUGCUCGCGUCGUACAAAUUUCAUAUUGUUUGAUUGACUUACAGCAAAACAACUCACAAAGCCUCGCCUUGGUUCGCCUAUUUUGCCUUAGCACAAACACGUCCUCAACAACUGAUUCUUUUCUACGACGCUUCAAUGGCGGCUUUCCAGAUUAUUACCUCCGUCAUGGGCAACUACGUCCCAGACCUCGUCUCUGCUGAUGCAGUCCAGAGCUCUGAAGGCAAAUUUUCAGCGUGCGACAUGUUAUUUAAGUCUGGUGACGUACAGAAAAUUGACGAUACCGAUGACGAGUCGGUAGGUGAGGCUGAUCAAACAUCAAAUGCAAUCGAUUCCACGAGGCAGUUUCGGUUGCUUCAGCAGGAACUAUUCAAAGAUAAAGUUCUCGAAAGAGCUGCUGAUAUUGAUUACGAACAAUCAGAGCGAAGAAAACAGAAGCUAACAAUCGGCGAUGGGGGUUCAAGCGUCGGUGAUUCAACGGUACAGCCAUGCAAGUUUGCACUCAAUGAUCCGCGCGAGUAUCAACUAGAACUUUACGAGCGUGCGAAGAAGGAGAAUACAAUUGCCGUCCUAGAAACUGGCUCGGGCAAGACGUUCAUUGCUAUUUUACUGAUACGCCACAUGCUGGACCAAGAGCUCGAGGAUCGUGCCAAAGGUUACGCCCAUCGCACAACUAUCUUCAUGGCUCCAACAAAUACUCUUGUUUAUCAGCAGACUGCUGUGCUUAUGACUAAUAUCGACCAAAACAUUGCGUCAAGAUGUGGAGACAUGAAUGCCAAGAAUCUACUGGAGCGUGCCGCUUGGGAGAAAUGUUUAGCAGAAAACAUGAUAAUCGUAUGCACACCCACAAUUCUACAUCAAUGCCUAGGUCACGCCCUCAUAAAGAUGGAACAAAUUAAUCUCCUGGUAUUUGAUGAAGUGCACCACGCAAAGAAGGACCAUCCGUAUGCCAAGAUUGUUGAAGAAUUCUAUAAAUCGCCACACAACCGUUCCCUUGAACGCAGACCUCGCGUGUUUGGCAUGACUGCCUCGCCGAUUGAUGCCAAAUCCAACCCUACACUUGCUGCUCUUGAACUCGAAAGGCUGUUGGACUCCAAAAUUGCGACCUUUCGUCUCUCUCCCCAGUUUCGAAACAAAGCGGAAGAGAUUGUAUUAUGGUUCCAGACUCUUCAGGACCCCUUCAAAUCGCCAUUGCACCUACAAAUUGAACAGCAUCUGUGUCACAUUCCUGCGUACAAACGGCUUCUCAGAAUUUCACAGAAUUUCAGCUCUGAGCUCGGUCAUUGGGCCGCUGAUAAGUUCUGGGAAAUUACUUUGAGAGAAAGUGAAAAGAAUGUAGCAGAAGCACAUCUUUACAUGACUUGGGAGAAAUAUACGGAUCAUGGUAUCGAAAUAACAGAUACUCAGCUUAAAGCUCUACGGCGUGCAUUUGAUGUUGUCCGAGGCCACCACUUCGGACUUCCAGAGGUUAGAUCUCCAGACCUAAGUUCUAAGGUGCUAGAGCUGCACAGAUUCCUGAUUGAUCACUACGAGGGGUAUUCUAAAGUUCGGUGUCUCGUAUUUGUUGAACAGAGGGCAACUGCUCGAAUGCUUCUAGAAAUUUUCUCGAAGAUCGGAGCCACUUACCUAAGACCGGGUCUGCUUACUGGUCAAGUUUCGAAAGGUGGCGAUGAACAUAUAUCUUUGCAGAAACAAGUGCAAAUUAUGGCCAAAUUUCGAAAUGGAGAAGUUAACUGCCUGUUCGCGACAUCCGUCGCUGAGGAGGGACUUGAUAUUCCAGAUUGUAACUUGGUGAUUCGGUUUGACCUAUAUAAGUCUGUCAUUCAGUACGUCCAGUCGAAAGGUCGAGCUCGACACAAGAAUUCGAAGUUCGUGGAUAUGAUCGAGCAUGGCAACCAGCUGCAUCAAAGCAUGAGGACUCUUGUUCGUCAUCAAGAACUCAAACUUCGUCAAUGGAUAGAAGCUUUAGAUCCUGAGCGACGACUUACAGGCAAUGAUGACGGAUUAAAGGGCAUUGAAAGGCUCGGGAGAUAUUUCAUCCAUCCCAAGUCGCAGGCAAAGUUAACUUACUGGUCUGCACUUGAGGUUCUGUCGCUCUUUGCAUCAACAUUACAAACAGAAGAUAUAGAUGCUAUUACUGAGCCAAGUUAUGUUGUUUCUGCUGAGAGUGGGGGAUACUUUUGCGAAGUCGUUAUGCCGAAACACUCCCCCAUUCAUUCAGCAUUUGGCCUUCGUUACCCGAGGAAAGCGCUAGCAAAACGUUCAGCAGCUUUCGAAAUGUGUAUCAAACUCUUAAAGGGCAAUUUUCUGGAUAGUAAUCUCCUACCGAAAUCAAGAAAGAUUAGGCCUGGAGAUGCGAAUUCACGUCUCGCGGUGAAUAAGAAUAAUCCCGGUAAAUAUAAAAUGCAACUGAAGCCAUCUCUGUGGGCAGCCGGCCGAGGAUCUAUUCCAGAAGUCGUACACCUUCUGAUAAUCGAUAUGCUGGAGGGACUUGAACGACCGCAUCGACCGCUAGGACUGCUCACGCGAAACCCACUGGAUGACUUUCCGUCAUUCCCGCUAUUUUUGAACACAUAUCAGAUAUCACACGUGAAGACAAUAUCCAAGCCUGGGUUUAGGGUCAAUGAUGAAGAAAUCACAACUUUUACAAAAUAUUCUCUACUUUUAUGGAAUCACGUCAACGCAAAAGUCUUCGAAAACUCUCCUUCCAAAAUGUCUUACUGGAUCGUCCCAAUACUGAAGAAAUGGACAACAGUCAGUAAUAGUCGCGACUGCAUAGAUUGGGAGGAAAUGGAAUCUGCAAUUCUUGGCCGCUUUCAACAAUGGACACCUGGCAUGCCAGUUGAGCUUAUUGAGAACAAAUUUAUCGUUGACCGUUGGGCAGGCAACCGUCGGUACUUCAGCCAUAGAGUUGAACCGCGCCUAAAGCCACUUGACGAAAUACCAGAUCAGACGGCCGAAUUCAAAGGACAUGGUUCCUGCAUAAGGCAGAAUAUUCUACAAUAUAGCGUGAGCCUAUAUGGCAAGAAGUUUGAUGAAGCGUGGCCUAAAUGGGACAAGACACAACCAGUCAUGGAGUGCACAAAAUUGACGUACCGUCAAAAUUUUCUUGCCCCUCCUACUAAGCGUGAGGAAGAUGAUGCGACAAAACGAAAUAAGAAAACAUACUUAUGCCCCGAACCUUUGAUUAUUUCCGCUCUUUCUUCUGAUGUCGUCACCACGUUUCUUGUUUUUCCGGCCAUAAUCCAUCGCAUUGAAGAUUACCUGAUAGCUUUAGAGGCGGCCAAUCUCAUCGGCAUCGACGUUGGGCCAGCUCUUGCGCUUGAAGCAAUGACAAAGGAUUCGGAGAAUAGUGAAGACCUUGAUACUGAGGACAAGUCAAACUUCCGUCCAGGAAUGGGUAACAAUUAUGAACGUCUUGAAUUCAUGGGAGACUGUUUCCUGAAAACAGCAACAUCGAUUUCUUUAUACGCUUCAAGGCCACACCAUGAUGAGUUCGAUCUCCAUGUCUCGCGGAUGCAUAUGAUCUGUAAUCAGAAUUUGAUGAAUUCUGCGCUGGAGUUUCAGCUCACCGCAUAUGUUCGAUCAAUGGCUUUCUCUAGGCGUUUAUGGUAUCCCGAAGCCAUUGAGCUUGUUGCGGGUAAAGGUGCGGGUUGCACAAAAAACACGGAUAACUUCAAACAUUCCCUAAGUAAUAAGACAAUUGCCGAUAUUUGCGAAGCAUUGAUAGGAGCGGCAUUUGUUCAGCACAACAAUCCCAACCAAUGGUUACCACAUACUUGGAAUGAUGCUGUUAGAGCAGUAAGCAAACUGGUUCGCAAUCCGAACCACACAGCACAAACAUGGGCCGAGUACAAGGAGCUUUACGAGCCUCCAGGAUGGCAAAUUGCUGAAGCCACAGCACCUCAGCGCGAUUUACAAGAGAGAAUAGCGAGGCAGAUGGGGUAUAACUUCCGUUGGCCGCGACUACUACGUUCAGCCUUUUCUCAUCCGUCCAUGCCGCACAUUUGGGAAAGAGUGCCAUGUUACCAGCGCCUGGAGUUUUUGGGCGAUGCACUGCUAGACUUAGUGUGCAUCAUGUAUCUCUUCUACAAUUAUCCGAACAAGAAUCCUCAAUGGCUUACCGAGCACAAGAUGGCUAUGGUAUCAAAUAAGUUCUUGGGCGCGCUUUGCGUUAAACUUGGCUUCCAUCGGUAUGUACGCCACAGCAGUCCCUCGUUAGGAAUGCAUAUAAAAGCGUAUGUCGAAGAAGUGGAGCUAGCCGAAAAUAGCCCUAGUGAGAAGGGAGGACUUGACUAUUGGUUGCAUGUUAAAGAUCCUCCAAAGUGUUUGCCAGAUGUUGUCGAAGCAUACAUUGGAGCACUUUUUAUUGACUCAGGCUUCAAUUUCAGUGAGGUUCAGUCUUUUUUUGAUAUUCACAUCAAGCCAUUCUUUGUGAAUGUAGCGAUCUACGAUAGCUUCGCCCACGACCACCCUGUUACGUUACUGCAUCAUAACCUCUCACAAGUAUAUGGAUGCCAAGCUUACCAAAUUCUUUGCAAGCACGUUGAAUCCUCAAUUGCAAAUGGAAAAUCUAAGGUUAUGGCUGGUCUGAUUGUGCACCGGGAGAUUGUAGCAACUGCAGUGGGAGAGAGUGGGCGAUAUGCGAAGGAACGAGCGAGCAGCCAGGCCAAUCACGAAUUGCAGGGUCUCACAGUCAAGGAAUUCAAACGAAAAUUUGGAUGCAACUGCAAAUCCCCGAGUAUUGGUGAGAUGGCGAAGGAAAAGCCUUGGUCAAUGAGCCUGACCGAAAGAAAAAAAAUGUACAAUCACCAUUCUUUAGCAGUGCUUUGA